AUGGAAGAGGAAGAGGCGAAGGAAGAACAGUCCAUACACGCCUCCCCGGGAGGCAAUAACAACCUUAAUUGCGACAAUGUAGCGAAUGUUCAACGGGAAAACGAACCCGCAUGCCCACCAGAUGAGGGAGAAGCGAAUAAGGAUUAUAACCCACAAGGAGUGAGAACAAAUCAAGGGAACAACGCGUACGAAGGGAAUGGCCCAACGGAAUCCCAGAAUCACGAGUGGCUAGUUUACGUAAGCAACCAGUCAUAUGGACCGUACAAUUUAGAGCAGAUGAAGAAACUAUGGAGUGAAAAAAGAUUAAACAUCAUGUCGGUAAUAUUUAAAAAGGGAGAUCAAAACUGGAAGUAUGUGUACAACGAUGAUAUAUUAAGAGGGUUCCUACCUUUUAACACACCAAGUGGUGAUGGCACAACGGAGGGGUUCCAGGGAGGCGCCACUGCGAAGGAGCAUUCUGCUGUCGUGCAGAAGAACACAAAUCGUGUCUCUAAUGUUGAAGGAAAUACAUACACGCUAAAUGGUAACUCCAGCAAGUGUCCCGACGACAGCGACGAUUGUGACCCCCACCGUGACAGUUGCGAUCACGCACCCGACGGAACCACUGGGUUGAACCCUUUAGAACUAGAAAAAAUCAAAAAAAAAGAGAAAAAAAGAAAGUAUCUAGAGAGAAAAAAGAAAAAAAUGGAGGAAGGCCUAUGCGAUAAAAAAGUGAAAAACAGCUGCAUUUACAUAACCGGCUUACCUAGUGAUAUAACAAGGGAGGAAAUACAUAGUGUGUUUAAAAAAGCGGGCAUUAUUAAAAUCGACGCGGAGACGACAGAGCCGAAAAUCAAAAUAUACUAUGACGAAAACAACCAAGUGAAAGGAGACGCCUUGGUUACAUAUGUGUACACACAGAGUGUCGACAUUGCCAUUAAAUAUUUUGAUAAUUUUUACCUAAGACAGGACUGCAUAAUUCGUGUAGAAAAAGCACAAUUCAACAAAAAAAAAGAAGCCUCCAAAGUUUCUAAAGAAGAAAUGCUAAUUAAAAAAAAAAAAAUCAAGGCCGCCAAAUAUGAGCAACUGAGGUUGCAGAAGUGGGAAGAUGGGUACACCGGAACGAAAAAAAAAAUCGUCAUUUUUAGGAACGUCUUUUCGUAUGAAGAUGCAGCGAAGCACGAUGAGGGAGACCCCUUCUACGAUUUUAUAAAAGACCUGGUCGAAAUGGAAGUAAAGAAGUACGCACCCGUGCACAAGGUGUAUCCCAUCCCGAAACACCCCAACGGAAUUGUCUGCGUCAAAUUCAAAGGAGUGGAGGAAGCCGAGAUGAUAGUAUCGUGCUUCAAGGACAUGGAGCUGAAUGAUAAAAAGCUGGAAGUGUAUUUUUACGAUGGAAAACAGGAUUUGAAAGCGCAGUGCCUGCCUGCAAAGAGUGCCAACAAGGCGCGUGCAGAGGACGCACACGAAAAUGAAGAGCCGGAUAAGAAUACAGAGGAUAACCAACGGUCAUUUUUGCAAAACAACAAUUUGCAGUCGUUUCAUGAUUGGAUUGAUAAUCAGAGUGAAGAUGAGGAACACGAAAUUAUGGUCGAAUAA